CAAUUUGCGAUAUGCAAGCAACAUUCGCGGACAAUCCAUCGACAACGGAAACACUCCCGCGCCAGCGGAAGCCUUCUCCUCUUCCCCCGGGAGCCAUUGCGGAAGAACCAGCAACACCGGAGAAAAUCUUCUUCGAUGACGGUGCCCCCAUUCUUGUCUCUUACGAGGAGAUCCCCGAAUGGUAUCAAGACAAUGAAUUUAUUCGACACGGCUAUCGACCUGUCUCCAAUUCCACCCAUGCGUGCUUCGCCAGUUGGCUAUAUCUGCACAAUGAAACCGUGAACAUCUAUUCGCAUCUAGUUCCAGCCGUCUUCUUUCUCGCAGCAGAGGGCAUGUUCCAUCAGUAUCUUCAAGUCAGAUACCCAGAAGCCACGUUAUCCGACCACGCCAUCUUUGCCUUCUUUCUCCUGACUGCUGUUAUAUGUUUGGGUCUGUCGACUACCUAUCACACAUUAAUGAAUCACUCCCUCCAGGUCUCGGAAUUGUGGUUACGACUCGACUUUGUUGGUAUUAUUGUCCUGACCCUGGGAGAUUUCGUCUCGGGUAUCUACAUGGUCUUCUAUUGCGAGCCUCUAUUGCGACGGAUAUACUGGGGCAUGAUCAUCUCACUGAGCUGCAUCACAAUAAUGAUCCUCGUGAACCCCAAGUUUCAAGGACCCUGUUGGCGCACCUUCCGUGUCGGCACCUUUGUCGGCACUGGACUAUCUGGCUUCGCACCUCUAAUCCACGGUACAGCAUCUAUGGCUUUGCCCAAAUGAUGGUACAGUCCGGCAUGCCAUAUUACCUAGGCGAAGGAGGGCUCCUCAUUCUAGGUGCACUUUUCUAUACUAUGCGCAUGCCAGAAUCAAUGAAACCUGGGAGACUUGACAUUUUCGGUUGCUCUCACCAAAUAUUUCAUGUCCUGGUCGUCCUUGCCACGGUUGUUCAGCUGGUUGGCAUUCUCUCCGCGUUUGAUUAUAACUACAACCAUGGCGAAUGCAGGCUGCCAUGACGUGACGAUUUCUCAGCCAUAUGACCCCUCAGUUAUAACGAUACAUAUCUUAUAUCCGCGCUCAUUUCAUCUGUGUUUACUAGAGAUGGUGGUAUAAAGACGAAGUUCGGCACUUACUAUUAUACGCUAC